UUUCAGGAAAAAGGAAAAGGGGGUUCGUAUUUUAAGGGGGACAACAGUGAAGUGCUACAUGCUAUAGUGAGAGAAAAUGGAAGGAGAGAGAUAAAGGAUAUUAUUGUGUAGUUAAUACGGCGAAGGGCAUAUGCGCCCAGUUGGCCACCAUGAACACCUGUCUCUUAAUUUACAUCUUCCUUUGAGAACCUUUGUGCAGUUGUUUCUUGGAGAGAGGGAGGUGGGUUUUCCAGAGCAGGAGGAGAGGUUUCAGAUGCUCUUUCGAUGGGGAAAAAUGGGGAGCAGAAUUUGGAAGGAAGAAGGGGUCUUGAGGUGGGGAAUCCAUACCCUUCUAGAUUCUUCUGCGCCAGAUGUUCAAGGGUGUUGUCAAGGGUUUCGAAGGAGUUCAGUUUCAGAUGUGUUUUUGUUUUGAUUCUCAGUCUGUCCAUUUUGCUUACUGGGAUCUUCUGGAUCUUUCCUCUUCACACCUGGAAGUUGGGUUAUGAUGCUAAAGAAGCUAUCAAGCAGAGUGCAACAGUUCAGUCAUACUUUAGACUGCAAAUGCCAGUUUCGGAGCUUGUUCCUCAAAUUGAGAGGAUAGAAUAUGAUAUCUAUGAAGAAAUAGGUCUUCCAAAUACUAAGGUCACUAUCCUAUCGAUGCGCCAAUCAAGUGCAUCUAACUGGACUGAUGUGGUGUUUGGUGUUCUUUCUGAUCCAAUAGAUGUUCCAAUAAACUCAGUCUCCUUAAGUGUGUUGAGGUCAUCCUUGAUUGAGCUGUUUCUUCAGCAAUCCAAUCUGACUUUGACAACAGCAAUUUCUGGACAGCCAUAUAAGUUUGAGAUUUUGAAGUUUCCUGGAGGAAUUACUGUUAUACCUGUGCAGUCUGCUUCCAUUUGGCAGAUUCCUCAGAUUAUGUUUAAUUUUACUCUCAAUAAUUCCAUAUCUGAAAUAGAGGAAAAGUUUCUUGCGUUAAAGAAUCAGCUGAAGUAUGGGUUACGUCUGACACCAUAUGAGAAUAUAUUUCUGCAAAUAACAAACAAAAAUGGCUCCACAGUUUCACCACCAGUCAUAGUUCAGGCUUCAAUCUUGUCAGAUAUGGGGAGCAUUCUGCCACAGAGAUUGAAACUGUUAGCUCGAAUGAUCACCAACUCUCCUGCAGGGAAUCUCGGUCUUGAUAACUCGGUCUUUGGUAAAGUUAAUAGCAUUAUUUUAUCAUCAUACCGAAAGGAUACACUUCAUGGCAAUGCUCCUACUCCUUCACCAGCUCCUUCUCCUAGUCCAUUAAUUUCACCCUCUCCUGCCUCUUCUCCUGCACCCUCACCUCAUGGUCAUCACAAUACACAUGCUUCACCAUCAAGUCAUACUCGCCAUUAUGCACCAAACCCUAAAAACAGCCCUCACCAUUCUAUGCCUCCCAUUCAGAACUCUGUAGCACCUUCUAGUGCAAAUGCUGACCCCCCUUGUCGAUAUAGUCGUCCCACACUGCAUCCUAGGUCAUCGCGAAUAUCACCUACAAUGGGCCCCCAAUUAGCAUUGCCUCCAGAUCUACCUCCUUUACCUGCAGUAACUUGUGGGUCCCAUCCAGGCAAGGACGCACGGACUUCAAAAGGCCCAGUUUCUCUACCACUUGGCCCAUCUCCAUUGGCACAAUCUUUCUCAUCUUUAGCAGUAGGCAUCCUCACAAGAGAAGUCUGGUUACUGGGAUUUUCUGGAAUGCUGAUCUUUCAUCUGCUUUGUUGGUCAUACUGAAAGUUCACUUUUCAUCAUACUGGCUGAAUUUGCAACACAUGCAAGACAUCACAGCUUAACAAUGUUUGACACACAAUUUUGUUCUCGGCAAGGAUGAUAGGAGCUCCAACGACAAAAUUUUCAAGUUUUUGUCUCUUACUUCUCGACAAGCAACAGAAAUGUAAAUAGGAGGGAAGAUGAACCGCUGGUCAAAGCCAGAAAGGUGGCAGGCUACUCAUCUUACUUCCUAAUGUUUCUGAUGUCAUAAACAAAAAGAAAAUGGUAUUUUCUUCCGAAAAGGAACAACUAGUUAAGAUGAUAUAGCUACUUCUGUAGCAAAAAUUAUCUGUAGGUUUCAAGGAAAACCAGCACUAGUAUUGGUUCAAGUAUAAAGAUGUAUGCUGGUUCUUCUUAGAGCAUCUACAAUUCAGGAUGGACAGGUACAGAUGUUAUAAAGAAAUGAAGAAAAAUAACUGUCUUAUGUUUAAUUUUGCAGUCCAGCUAUGUUUAAUUGC